CCAAAACGAAGCAGAGUAACGAAGAAGGAAGCUUUUGCUAGAGAGUCAUGGCGAUGCUCUUUCGACCUCCUUCUACACAAUGUAGAAGCUUCUCUCCUUCUGUUUUCAACCACAUCUCCGGAGAAAUUUCACCGUCGUCUCGUCUCUCCUUAAAAACCUCCGGCGUCGAAAACUGGGUUUCACGUUUCCGAUCAAAAUCUCUGAGUUUGGUGUUCUCUGGAGCUCUCGCUCUAAGUUUAUCUCUAUCGGGCGUUGGAUAUGCAGAGGCAAAAGCUGGUGUUAACAAACCAGAAUUGCUUCCUAAAGAGUUCACUUCUGUUAUAGAUGUUGCUGAUUUCCUCUCUAAUGGACAAGAGAAAAGGAUUGCUAAAGAAAUAGCUGAUCUUGAGAAAGAUACAGGAUUUAAGUUGAGAGUAUUGGCUCAGAACUAUCCUGUUACACCUGGGCUAGCAAUCAAAGAUUUCUGGCAGGUGGAUGAUAGCACAAUUGUGUUUGUUGCUGACCCGACUUUUGGGAACAUAUUGAAUUUCAAUGUUGGUGCUACGGUUGAUUUAGACGUACCACGUAGUUUCUGGAGUCGAUUGGCUGGGAAAUACGGCAACAUGUUUUACUGGAAAGAGAAGGGAGAAGAUGCAUCCAUUGAAGCUGCAGUGAUGGCGAUAUCAAGUUGCUUACGAGAACCAGUUGGUGCAAAUAACUGUGCAGAGAUCAAAUGAAGUAUAUGACCCCGUAAAAGUGUAUCUGUUAUUAACAUUGUAUAGAAUUGGCAUCAAAGAGAUACAGAUAUUGUAAGAAUGAAUCCACAUCUUGUAACCGCUCUUUAUUUCUCAGCUUCACCUCCUUAAACGACCAUUGUUUCCUUAUGAUCUUCUGAGACUGAAUAUGAUAGCGGAAGUGGUGUGAGCUAAGAA